AUGGGGUCCAAAAACAAUUCGAAUAUUCCCCUGGCCCAAUCAGGCCUGGAAAAUCAAGCUGAGGAAUCAAAAUUUUCUGAACCAGAUGGAUAUAAUGAAAAGAACAAGGGGAACAGGAACUUCAAGCUUUUAAGUUUGAAGGGAUAUGAUAUGCCAAACAGUUUAAAUGAAUUACUUGAUAAAAAAGAGAUACAUGUAUCAUCAGAACAGAAGACUCCAUUUAAUAUAAAUAGAAAUGUGAUUUUAUUUAUGUAUUUUAUGUUAAUUACUUUAACAAAUCGUUUAUUCUUUGGAUGGCCUAAUUUAUCAAACUUACUAUUUCGAGAAGGUGCCUAUGUAUGGAAAUGUGUAAAGAAUGAACAUGGAGGAUAUGACAAAAAUGAUGAUAAAAGAUAUGUAUGUGAAGAUCAAGAUAAAGCUGUUCAAACAAUAUUUGUUUUCGGUUCUUCUGCAUAUUUUGCCUUUUCCUUUUUCAAUGGAAUAAUAGUUGAUUAUUUGGGUUCAAGAUUAAGUAUGUUAUUAGGACAUAUUUUAAAUUUAAUUGGUUGGAUAUUAUUAAUUAUAUCAAAUGAAAAAUUUGAUGCUUAUGUCAUAUCUGGUGUAUUUAUGGCUGCUAGUAUUGAUUUGGCAUCCUUUUCGACAUUAAAUGCAUCUGGUUUAUAUCCAGGGAAUGAAAAUUUAAUUGUCAAUAUCAUAUCAGGAGCAGGAUCCCUAUCAGCGGGGACAAUGACAAUACUUGAUUUGCUAAUAAGUGGAUUCAAUUUGAAUUUCAAAACGUUUAUGUUAUGCUACAUGUCCAUUAGUGUAGGUUUCUUUUUCAUUUUGACUAUAUUCUUUUUCCCAAAAACUAGAUACUUUAGGCAAUAUGAAUUUGACAAUUAUUACAGUACCAAGAACAUCAGUUUGAAUGAAGUAAAUGAUAUGGCAAAGAGUGGACCACCUCAUGGUCCCCCUAGCGGUGCAAAUAAAAGUGGAGGAAAUUGUGCAACUGCAAAUCGUGGCAAUAACUUGAAAAGUAGCAUAAGAAACAACAAUACAGCUAGUGCUGAACUCAGGAAUAAUGAUAAUAAUACACACAAAUUGGGAAUGCAAAAAGAUAUCGAAAUGAAUGAUGAGAAGAAGGAUAGAGAAAAUACCACUACUAAUGAUAGUACAAGUUCUAAUCAGAAAAAUAAAAAAAGUAUGUUAAAUUCGACUAGCUUUAGAGAUUUGUUAAAAAUAUGUACAUGUGCUCAUUUUUUAUGCCUCUGGAUAUAUGGACCGUUAAAUGCAAUAUAUAAUACUUUCUAUUUUAGUGUGGUAGAAAAUAUAUUAUCAAAAGAUAAAAAUGAUAUUUUAGGAUAUAUAUUACCUUUUUCAUUUAUUCCAUGUAUUAUAAUGGGAAAUUUAUCAGACAAAUAUGGUGUUAUGGUGAUGUUUACAUAUGAAUUAUUUUUUGCCUUAUCUAUGUACUUGUUUAGCUAUUUGAAAUCAAAUUUCGCUCAAUGGAUAUCAGUCAUAUCAAAUGCUAUGUAUUCAUCAUGUGCAAAUGGACAAUUAUGGACAUUCAUAUCGUUCACUUUUAGUUCAAAAUAUCAUUCAACUCUUAUAGGAUUACUAAAUUUCGUGUGUGGAAUUGUAUCCUUUGUACGAUUGUCAUUAUUAGAGUGGGCCAAGUACACCAACUAUGAUUUUACAUAUAUCAAUCUUCUUAUUAUUGGGCUAAUUGUAAUUAACAUAGGAAUAACCAUUAUUAUUGUCUUUAUCAGAAGAAUUAAGGGUUACAAAGUUUUAUAUGGAGACGAAGACUCCUCUACUUCAGAAAAAAAAUGA